AUGGAGACAACUCCCAUGGCGGGCAACUUUAUGCCAUCCCAGGCUCAGCUAGCCCUUGCAAUGGCCAUCGUCAAACAGAAGCCGGCAGGCAUAGAUGUUGAAGACUAUGUGCUGCAGAUCCGAAAGAACAUCAAAAAUGCAGAAAGUUGCGGUAGGGACUAUUUGGAAGAUCGGUUCUUCGACAGCGUUUCCUUCUGGCAGCACGCCUACAAGAAAUCUGAAGCAGAGCAGAGCCGAUUGAUGGAUAGAAUUUAUGAACUGGAGCAGCGUAACGAGGCCCUUAUUACGAAACUGCAAUCACAGAACUCUUUAUCUCAAGAGGCGCAAGUAUCGGUAAAGAGGAAGGCAAACGGGAAUCUGAAUGCAAGAAAAAGAGCAAAGACACAGGUGAACUUGCAGAGUCAGGCUUUUGGUAUGGCUCUUGAAUCUAGCAAACUGGUCGAGCAACCCGAAUACAUGGAAGAAACUACUGCAUCGUUCAUGCGGCACUUCUACGCUCUUCAGAGAGCCAUUCAAUGUAGGCCGAGUCGCUCGACUAUUGUACAAACUUCCGCGGAUCUAUGCGAAGUAGCUGUGCAUGAAGUGCUCACGUCUGUCCGUUGGAGAGGACAUACCACUCGACCUAGCAAGAAGCCCGUCCUCCAGGCAAAGCGACCUCACUUAGAACAGGUUCUACACAGCGUCAAAUGUGCUUUUCAGCUUAUCUUACAGGCACUGGAAAAGCUCGCGGAGACUGAGAAUGACCUUCACGGCAAGGGUCAGCUUGCUUAUCAUCUCAUUAGAUUGUAUCAAGCUAUAGCCACGGCUCUGGAGCAAUACUGCAUCAGCAAGUCCGGACAGAUUCCAGCAAGCACCGGUUCCUCCAAGACCCCAAAGAACAAGCAGGCUAGAAAGUCGAAAAGCGCAAAGCCCUGUCAGGGACUGGAAAAUCUUACGACCACGCCUGUCGACGAAGUAGCGAGCCAAAUCAGUCGGCUACUGGGCUCUAUUGCAAUUUCUUUGAACCUUUCAUAUACAGUUCAUCGAACUCUUUUCGAGGGGCUUUUAUACAUUCUUCUCACGCGCGUGGGAACUUUACUGUGCAUAUUUGUCUUCCAAGGUUUACAAAUUCGACCUGAUCUUCAUGUGGAUCAGACCAAAUUACCUCUUCCCCAAGGCUUGCAGGGUGUCAAGCUGGAUGACCUGUCCUUGCAUUCAAUGCAGAUGGAGGCAAAGCACCUUAUUUGGCCUCUGGAGAGGAGCCUAGCCUUAUUAGAUACUUGUGUAUCCUCUUCUUCAACAUUGGGACCCCAGGAUGCCCCUGAAACAAUGGCAUGGGUGGCCAAGAUGAAGCAGCAGCUACAAGGAACUCUGCUUCAGGCUUUGUUCGGAUCAGACCGUUCUGUGUUUCCACAUACGCUACAGCAGCCUGAAACACUUGAUACACAUGAGCUUGAAAGAUUGCAGAACUGUACUCAAAUUCCCGAGCAAUCCGUUCCUGACUGGUUUACGCAAGAGAUAUGGAGGCUACUGGGAUGGGACUUGCUAGCAACUCAGGACAUAUCUUAA